CAUCACCCCCCGGCCCAGACCGCUGCUUAUCAGCACCACAGCGGCCUGGGGGUGUCCUACGCGCACCCCGGCUGCGGCCCGACUUACGGCGCGCAGGGCUUCGGACCGGCGUACGGCCCCUACCCCCUCGGGCAGGACGCGGAGCUGGGAGGCAGUUUCCCACCCUGCACCCCCGCCGUGUACUCGGGGAGCAUCUCCUCGUCCGCAGCCGCGCAGCACCCUCACCAGGGCUACGCGGGGGGGCCCACUCAGUACGUGCCUCCCCCCUACGGGCAGGAGCAGCAGAGUCUGCCCCUGGGCACCUACAACCAUGCCCUGUCUCCCCUCCACGCCGGCCAUCGAGAAAAUGCCCGCUCCCCCUCCGCCGAGACCUCACCACCGGCGCAAACCUUCGACUGGAUGAAAGUGAAAAGAAACCCACCCAAAACAGGCAAGGCUGGUGAGUACGGCUUCGUGGGGCAGCCCAACACCGUCAGAACUAACUUCACCACCAAGCAGCUCACCGAGCUGGAGAAGGAAUUUCAUUUCAACAAGUACCUGACCAGGGCCAGGCGAGUGGAAAUCGCCGCCUCCCUCCAGCUCAACGAGACGCAGGUGAAGAUCUGGUUCCAGAACCGUCGGAUGAAGCAAAAGAAACGGGAGAAAGAGGGGCUGCUGCCCAUCUCCCCCGCCACCCCCACGGGCUGCGAGGAGAAGACGGAGGACUCCUCGGAGAAGUCCUGCUCGUCCCCCUGCAGCGCCUCGCCCGCCUCCUCUGCCUCGGACACGCUGACUGCCACCAACUGA